AUGGAACUAAUAAUAGGAAAAAAAUUUAAAUUUGAAGUUUGGGAAACUGCAAUUAAGACUAUGGCACUCAAUGAAGUAUCAAGUUUUGUUGUUGAUAAAGUUUUACUUCAAUCAUAUCCAAUGGUAUCUAAAACUAUCAGAGAUGCUAAAAAUCCUAACAAAGAAAGAAGAAAUCAUUAUUGUGCUGCUAGUUUUCAUAAUCAGUUAACUUACAAUGACUUAAAUGAAUUAAUGAAAAAUCCUUGUGAUCUUGAAUUUAUUAUAGAAUUGUUAAAAGUUGAAUUACCCGAUGAAUAUGAAAAAGAGUCAUGGCAAAUGGGAGAAGAUGAAAAAUUAGCUAGGAUACCACAACUCAAGGAAGAAGGGAAUAAACUUUAUAACAGUAAGGAAUAUAUUAAAGCAGCUGAUAAAUAUGCUUUCGCUAUUGGAAUGCUUGAGCAGUUAAUGCUUAAGGAAAAACCAAAAGAUAAAGAAUGGACAGAAUUAAAUGAAAUAAAAAUUCCAAUUCUUCUUAAUUAUGCACAAUGUAAAUUACUAAACUCUGAAUAUUAUUCAGUUAUCGAACAUUGCACAACUGUUUUGGAAUCUGACCCUAACAAUGUCAAAGCUUUAUACAGGAGAGGUAAAGCUCACAUUGGAGCAUGGAAUUUCAAAGAAGCAGAAAUUGAUUUGAAAAGAGUUGCUGAAAUUGAUGGCACAUUAAAAAAUUUAGUUCAAAAAGAUCUCAACAAAAUGGAAGUAUUAAAAAAAUCAAAAGAUGCUGAGGAUAAAGCAAAAUUACAAGGGAAAAUGUUUUAA